ACGCACACAUGUACAUGCAUGUACACAGACGAGGAGAUGCACAUGCACACACGCAUAUACACAAAUGUGCACAUACGCAUGGGCACACACGCACGUACACACGGCACGUGAUAAUCUCGCGAGACGUGAUGUUACUCGGGCACGUGACCAGGUCGGCGCAGCUGUUGUCGUCACAGAUUACGUCAUCGCCGACGUCACCGGAAGCGAGCGCAAGUCCACGUUGAGAAUCUGCAGCAGGAACUUCGCAUCGCGCCCAGCGCCUCGCAGUUUCACCACCGCCGCCGCCACCAUCAGCAGCAAGUCAGAUAAAGAGAGAGGGCAGCCGUGUACCCCGCUGAGGAGAUGGUGUGCGGAGCGCGUGGCAGCAGGAGCCUCGCCAGCCCAGACGUGAGAGCUUCAAGUCACGGAGCCGACGUCGCCCGGGGGACGCGACUGACACGACUCGUGAUCACCGCGCAGUCACCGCGACCCUUGUCACAACAACGCAAUGAUGCGAGUCCGAUGAAACAGUCAAGGGAUGCGUACUUACGAAUCGAUGGCGUGGCCCUGGCCCUGAAGCUGAACCCCUCUGCGGCACGUGAUCACGGCGUCUCCCAGGGCACCACGGGGAGGAGGCUUUGGAAAUUGAACGAAUCCAUCAGCACCGGCAGCAGCAGCACUGACACCAAGGAGAGACCGCCACGGAACGCGGCCCCGAGGGCCCAAGCCAGGGCCCCGGCGCCAACGCGGGGGAUCACUGCCGGCUCACUGAUGGCCACCCCGAGUCUGCCUCCCAUCGCCAUUGGUGGAAGCAGCAAGAGCAGCAAGAGGAGCAAGAGGAGCAUUAGGGCAUGGGCAAUAGCGGCUAAGCGCUGUCUAAAGUCAUAUCACGAGCAGGAACAGCCCCGGGAUGCGCCGUUGAAAAUAUACGGCGUGGCCAUGGUCCUGAGGCCGACCCCCCGUGCAGCGUGUGGGCACGGCCCUUCUCAGAAACUACCCUCGGAGGAGAGUGACCCGCCCAGCCGUCAGGAAUCGAAGGAGCUGAAGAAGAAUGUCUCCUUCGCUCGGUGUCCGGGCACCGAGGCCGGUCGGCUCUCGGGACGCAGCCGUGGCGAUGAAGACGGCGACGAAGACGGCUUCCACAAACGUGUGGGAUCCACUGAAGAGAAUGGGCCGGGUCCAAACAAUGACCCGUCCGUGGAUUCACUCGAAGAGGCCUGAAGCAGUGGGACACGGAUGCACAUGCACACACACGCACACACACACACGCACACUCAUACACGCACACACACCCACACACCCACGCGCACGCACACACACCCACGCGCACACACACCCACACGGUCAUACACACGCAUACACAUACUCACACACACACGCACGCAUACAUAUACUACGCACAUACAUGUAAAUUUGUUCUUAACUUCGUAACUGUGCAAUACAAAUUAAACUACUGUAUAUAAAUACGUAUCAACUACUGUAAUAACUUUUAAUAAAGCCUCAUGAGCUAAAAGAAGCACUUGUAUUGCAUAAUUUAGUUUUUUGACAGCACAAAUAAUUGGACAAAGAAACUCUGCUUUGGUCAUUCAAGAUACAAAUCGUCAAGA